AUGGAUAUAGCUAAUUAAAAUAAUAAAGAUUAGUAUGAAGAAAGUAAUAGUGAAGAUAGUGAUGAUGAAGAUAAUGAAUCUGUUUAAAAUAUGCAAAAUAAUUAAAAUAACAAUAAUAUUGACGAUGCUAACGAUAAUUAAAAUAAUAAAUUUUCUAAUAUUAUAAGCAAUUUAGAAAGUAUAUCAUUCGAUAGUUCUGUUUGUAAAGUAUUCGAAGAACUUCCUUUAAAUUUUGAAUAUUAUUCAAAUAUUUAAUGUCUUAGCUUUGAUGGAACAAUCAAAAAAUAAUAAACAAAAGAACUAUAAAAAACAAGCAUAACAUUUGAAAAUAUGUAUCCUUAUUCUUUAAAAAACUUAAAGUGUUUAAAACUAAAAGGAUGUGAGUUAACUGAAGAGUUUUUUAAUAGUUUAUAGUAUAUGGAAUGUAUCAAUAAGAUUUAGAUUUUAGUUUUUAAUAAAUGUAAUGUUCAUUUAAAGGCUUUUAAGUCUUUCAUCACAAAUUAAAAUUUAACUAAUUUAAAGUACUUAAGCUUAUAAGGGACAUAGAUAGAUGACCAUUUCUGUUCAAUUAUUUCAGAUAGGUCUUCAGUUGCUUUUGAUUUAGAAGCAAUUGAUAUUUCUAAUAAUGUUUAGAAUGAUAAAAAUAUAUAGAAGAUUAUUUAAAAAAGAUAGAAAUCCUUACAAAAUAAACUAAAAAAAGCUCGAAAGCAUGUCCCUAAAAUCACCUCUAUCAACUUUAAUGGAUGCGAAAAUGUAACAAGUUCAUUAAUUGAGGAUUUAUUUAGACAUCGUUUUUUAAAUAAUUUACAAUAUUUAGAUUUAUCAUAUAGUGGUGUAUAAUUUUGA